ACAAGCAGAGGAACAUGUGGAGCUUUUUGACGCGCGCAGGGCAAGUUUUACUCCACUUGCUGCUGUGGCAGGAGCGCGUUGAUUUUUUAAAAGCGUUCUCAGUUUGAGUAUCUUAUAAAGUGAGUAGUAUGAAGUCCUUUGAUAUGGCAUGUUUCCUGCGUUGUGUCCUCAUGCUCAGGAUUGCGACUCAUGGGAUGUAGUAAAUGGAGAUCUGCGUUCAAUUUUGGACACCUGAAGGUGCAGUCCAAGCUGUCCGUCUUCUUUACCAUGAUCCUUCUCUUCACUUACCUCUUCUACUGCCUCAACGGAUACUGUGACUCUUUGCCAAGGCCUGUUUAUGACCAACAAAGUCAUUUCCAAAAUAAGUUUUUCUUAAAUGAUGGACAUGAAGCGUCACCGCAGCAGCUCGGCGCAUAUAACGCGUCUCAGGUCUCGUUUGUCCGCGAACAGCUGUCGGACUUGUCGAAGAGCGAAGCUCCAUCUAGCAAUAUCUCUAUAGCCAACAAUUUCGGCUGCAAAAAGUUUCCUCAGGCCAUCAUUAUAGGGGUGAAGAAAGGUGGCACCCGGGCUCUGCUGGAGUUUCUGCGCAUCCAUCCAGACGUGAGAGCCGUCGGAUCUGAGCCGCACUUUUUCGACCGCUUCUACGAAAAGGGGCUGGAAUGGUACAGGAACCUGAUGCCUCGUACUCUGGAGGGUCAGAUCACCAUGGAGAAGACUCCCAGUUACUUUAUCACCAAAGAAGCCCCUCGCCGUGUCUUCUCCAUGAGCCGCCACACCAAGCUCAUUGUGGUGGUGCGUGACCCUGUGACCAGGGCUGUUUCUGAUUACACUCAGACUCUUACCAAGUCUCCCGGGCUCCCAUCCUUCCAGAACCUGGCCUUCCGCAAUGCUACCACAGGCCUCAUCGAUACAUCUUGGAGUGCUGUGCGCAUAGGCAUCUAUGCCAAGCACUUAGAGAGCUGGUUGCGAUUCUUCCCGCUCUCACGCCUCCUCUUUGUCAGCGGGGAACGCCUUGUGACGGACCCAGCAGGCGAGAUGGGCCGGGUCCAGGACUUCCUGGGAAUCAAACGUGUGGUGACAGACAAGCACUUCUACUUCAACCAGACUAAAGGUUUCCCCUGCCUAAAGAAGCCUGAGGGAAGCAGCAGGCCACGGUGCCUGGGGAAGUCAAAGGGCAGGCCCCAUCCCCAGAUCCCCUCUGAGGUCCUGCUUAGGCUCAGAGACUUCUACAGACCCUUCAAUCUCAAGUUUUACCAAAUGACCGGCCACAAUUUUGGCUGGGACUGAGCAAAUACUCAUCAAAGCUCUUAAUAACUGUUAGUAGCAUUCUUGUUCAGCCAACUACCAAAACCAGACAGGGAUACCUUGAAGACAUUGUGUGUUACCAAAGCUUUUACAGUACAAAAUAUGCCUUUCCUUUAUUUCCCAAGAUAUGAAAACUGUCUGUGAAAACUCCUGCCGUCCUACAGAUUUACAACAGUCAUCCUAACAAGGUUUGCGAGAACUUCAAUUCCUUGAGCCAAUUUAGCAAUCAAUGUUACACAAAAGCUUGGGAGAAACGCUGGUUGUGGCUCAAACUGCUGCAGUGUGACAGGCGCAAGCCACAUUGAAGCAUACUGCUUAUUUGCUUUAAAUUGGAACUUCUAGCACUUGGCACCCUGAGUGCCAGAAGUAUGCUAAGCUCUCUUUGCUGUCCAAAACAGUUAACUGCACAACCUCUAUAUUGAAAAUAACCCCAGAAAGAUGCCAACACUGCAAAGAGAUGUGCUGAAGUAAAACCAAAUGGCAAAAGAGCAACAUGCCUUGACAGCCGGGCAAAGCUACAAUAAACCAAAUGACAUAUUGGAGUUUUGUGACACAGGAGAUCUGCUAAAGAAAUGCCACUGACAGCGAGGAAAGAAGCAAAGGGUUUAAAAUUGUGCAUAAUGGUGCAAUCAAAAUAUGUGUACAUGUAUGUUGUUGAGACAUAAAUUAAUAAUUCAGGAUUACUUAAAUCCCAUCAGCAUUGUUUAUUUCACCUCUGGGUAAACAAUCUGACACGUUUACAGUGGAUGUACUUUUAACUUUAUAAAAGAUGUAGCUAACACAGGUACCUGGUACUGGUGCAAAAAAUUUACCAGAAAUGUUAAACACACAGUCCACUAUGUGCUGUAGAUUUGCUGUUAUUUAUGCCGCUAAUACAAUGCUUGUAUAAAAUGUUCUUUACAGACAAACACCUGUAUUUGUGAUUGUUUUGUACUUCAUUUAAUCGAC